AUGUCCAGUGAAAUGAUUGAAAAUGCAAUAAGAAGCGAUAAAAUAGACGCGGGGGAAACCUCCAAAAGACCAGCCCUAAGGAAAAAGGAAAGCGAGGUGAACAACAUAAGCGCAUAUAGCAAAAGUUAUUCGAAACCAAUUACUAUUGGCCCUUCAAGGCAAGAACCCAACACAAGGCCCAACACAGAAAGACUUCAAUUCAUGCCCAUUCCAAUAACAUAUAGGGAACUGUAUCAGAAUCUAUUCGAUGCACACGUGGUGUCUCCAUUUUAUCUGAAACCCAUGCAACCUCUGUACCCAAAAUGGUACGACAUGAUUGUCCAAUGUGAAUACCAUGCAGAGAUAGUGGGGCACACGAUUGAGAACUGUACUGCGUCUAAGAAGGUAGUUGAAAGACUCAUUAAGAUAGGGAUUGUAAAAUUGGAUGACCCAUCAGGACCAAACAUAGUAGGAAAUCCGUUACCCAAUCAUUCUGAUAAAGAGGUAAACGCGAUAAUUGAAAGUGGGGGGAAGAGAAUCGAAGCUGACAUUGCGGAGAUAAAGACCCCACUAAGUUGGGUUUGGAAACGAAUGAUAAAUGGAGGUCUAAUCAAGCAAGAAUCAAAGCAAAGGCCCAAAGAGGGCCAUGACAUUCAAAACUGCACUGAGUUCAGGGCCAUGGUACAAAAUCUGAUGAACAACAAAGAUUUGGAGUUUUAUGAAGAAAUCAAAGGAUUGGAGGAGGGAGAAGUUUAUGCCUCGGAGGAAGGAUCUAAGGGAAAAGCCCAAAAGGCUAAUCACCCGGUGGUGAUUAUUUCACGGCCAAGGAGCGGAGAAGCUGGAAUACAAAUGGUACCGAAAGUUAUAAUCCAAAAACCUGUAUACAUUCCAUACAAUGAUAGCAAAAGGGUCCCUUGGAAUUAUGACUGCAACGUGACAAUCCCGGGAGCAGAGAUCCCGGUAAAUACUUCAGAAGAGGAAAAUGAUGUAGGCUUUUAUACCCGUAGUGGAAAACGCUACGAUCCAAAAAAUGUAGGAGUGGAGCCCAUAAAAGGAAAAGCCUUGGCGGUUGAGCAAGAAAAAACAAAGACGGCCAAAACUGAAUCGCAUGUUAACAAACUAGUAACUGAAAGCGAGGCUAGGGAAUUCUUAAAAUUCUUAAAGCAUAGCGAGUAUAGUAUAGUGGAACAACUGCAUAAACAGCUGGCUCGUAUCUCAAUGCUCGAGUUAAUUCUAAGUUCGGAGACACAUCGUGAUGCGUUGAUAAAAGUGCUAAAUGAGAUUUAUGUUGCUAACAAUAUCUCAGUGAACAAGUUGGAUCGCCUGGUUAACAAUAUAAGUGCUGACAAUUUCAUCUUCUUAAGUGAUGAUGAAAUACCACCAGGGGGAGAGGAGCCACCAAAGCCCUACAUAUUACCACUCGUUGUAAAGGAUACAUGUUGCCCGGGGUGUUAG